UAAUUCAAUUCCCAACCCUCGGAGAAAAAAAAACAGUGAUUGCUUAUCUAUUACAACGAUAAGCACUCUUUGGGUGAGAAUGGAAGGACUUUCUUGAAUUGGAAUGGUUUCCUUCCCAAUCAAUAUAACCUUUGCCAUUUCUGGAUUGGCCACGGUUCCUUUAUCGGUGUGGGGUUCGGGGAGGGGCGUCCUGUCCUGACGGGAAUGGCGGAUGGGUUGGCUGGGCAUCUGGGGCGAGGGAGCGAUGGGGGUUUAACAGAAUAAUAUAGAAUUAUUACAUUUACAUUCCAAGAAGUAUUCUGUUUAUCGUCAUGGAUUUGGAAAAUACUCUCGCGUUCUGCUUGGGUCUGAAAGCGGAGGAGAUGACCAUCUCCCUGCAGCAGGAACCAGAUGUGACCACCGUGAAGAUGAGAGUAUCUCAGAAGGUUCCGGACAUGGAUGGCAUUAGCAAGGGCGUGGAGUACCAGGGAGCUGGCAGCCAGCCCAUUAUUGCCAGUCCGAAAUACUGCCCCGGCGUCAACAACAACGGGGGAUAUCUGUGUGAGAGUGGCCACUGCUGUGGAGAAACUGGCUGCUGCACCUACUACUAUGAGCUGUGGUGGUUCUGGCUCCUCUGGACCGUCCUGAUCCUGUUCAGCUGCUGCUGCGCGUACCGCCACCGCCGGGCCAAGCUUCGGAUCCAGCAGCAGCAGAGGCAGAGGGAGAUCAACCUCAUCGCCUACCAUGGCGCCUGCAACUACCCCACCUCCAUGCUGGACCUCAGUUUCUUGGCCUCCCUCAAGCUCCCGUCCUACGAGGAGGUCGCUGCCCGGCCCAACACCCCUCCCCCCCCUUACAGCACCGUGUUCGCCCUCCAGGGGGGCGGCCACUAUGCCCACGCGGGCCCGAGUGGCUUAGCGUCCUCCCCGAGCUCGGACAACUACACCAGCUGCUCCUGCGAGUCCUGCUCGGCCACCUCCCCCUGCAGCACCUCCUUCUCCGUGCAGGUGACCGACGAGACCGACACCAGCAACGCCACAACGCCCAGCGAGGCGGGCGAGUCCCGGCCACCCAGCGCCGCCGAGCCCCCGGGGCCCGCCUCCCCGCUGACCCCGCCCCCUCCUCCUCCUCUUCCUCUGCCUCCCCCUCCCGCUGCUCCCGCGGCCCCAGUCCCCCUCACGGACCCCUUGGGGGUGUUGGCGGAGCAGAAAGACGAGGAGGCCCCCGGCAAAGAGCCGGCCGCGGAGGGGGACGGACCUCCCCCAAAGCCCGCCCAGUCUGUCCCCAAACAAACGCUCUUCUCCUCCAAUGUGGACUUCUUCGAGCCGGACGGCCACACCACAGGCGCCUCGGAGGGCGAGGAGGACACCGACGAGAACCACUUCCGCCACCGGCGGCUGACGGGCGACUCGGGCAUCGAGGUGUGCCGCUGCCAGGUGGAGAGCGAGGAGGAGGAGGAGGAGGUGGAAGAGGAGGCGGCGGCAGGGGCGGGGGCAGAGGCGGGUGAAGGGGCGGAGCCGGGGGAACGGGAGGAGGCCGAGGGGCAGGAGGAGACCGGCUUCCUCCACGACAGCAUGGACUGCUCCGCCCGGGCCCACGCCCACGCCACCCUGGCCCAGCCCCCGCCCGAGGAGUGCGCCAGCCUGUGUGGCUCCGCCCCCAUCCUGCAGAGGGGCGGGGAAUGCGUCAUCACUGUGGAGACCGUGUGAGGGUCUUGCGGUGUCCGGCAGGGGCUGCAGACGAGUGGCGUUAAUUACUCCGAAAACACCAGAGGAUGAUGGGAAUGUGGCAGAACUGAGCGCGUCUGUCCGUAGGAACGCCGAAGGAGCGCGGUGGACUUUCGGUGCGGUGUCGCUCACAUCCUGAGUGCCGCCUCGGAAUGAACGCACAGACGAAAUAAAGGUCCGUGCGAUACGUCUGUGUGGAUCCAUAGAGAAAUUACCUAUCUGGAGUUUCUGAAAAAAUGCAAACAACAUUAACUAAACAAAUGAAUGUGCAGACUCAUUUAUCAUUCAUUUCCAUUUGUGCGCGGAACAACCUUGGUUAUGCAAACCAAGAACAAAAGGGGGCGUUUUUUUCGUCUUGUUCAAGAAGACAAAAACAAAUUGUGAAGACGGAGCUUGGAGUUCCUCGGCCCUGCGGAGGUACGUGACGAAAGCUGGCGGCUGACGCGGGCAGCGUGAGGUCAUCGCGCGCCACGGAAACAGCCCGUAUGUUCGCAUGGCCCCGUCAACAAGAAAUGUGUGCACUUAACCCUCCUCUGUCCGUCCUCGGCUGAUCAACAGCUGCUGUUGUCAUGGGGAUAGAGGGAGGGCUCUCCAACCAGCCUACCUUAAACGGAUCCCUCCCGCAGACUAGACUUUCUGUUGCUCUCAUUGAUCCUCUAUGCUGCUUGGACUGCUUGUUGAUUCAAAGGCAAUAAUGAUAAUUAUUAUUAUAAUAAUUAUUAUAACUAUAGUAAUAAUAAUGUGCUUGAUUGUUUCCUGCGAGUUGAGGCCUGGCAGAGGAUUCAGUGAGUUUGGGGUAUCCCUUUAUUGAUGAAUGUUUAAAAUACUACCGGUUGUGGUGUUGGAUUCUUGGCAAAGACUCUGUUCCUUUUACCUGAUGCUGUUUACAAGCAGCUUCUGCAAGACUCUAAUACAGGUCUGCCCAACCCUGUUCCUGGAGACCGACCAUCCUGUAGGUUUUCGUUUCAACCUUAACAAAGCACACCGCAUUAAACAGAUCUUGUUGAGAUCCCUAAAGAUCUCGUUGAGCUGCUAAGAAUUAGUAUCAGAAUCAGGUAUGCUUUAUUAGGGCUGAAAUGAAAACUUGCAGGACAGUAGACCUCUGGGAACAGGGCUGGGGAGCCAUGCUGUAAUAGCUGUACGGAUUCCAGAUGCAUAUGAACAGCUGUGUGUUGCCUGAACCACCAGCCCUUUUAGCAGCUCUCGCCCUUAUCAGCCAGCUCCUAGCCCCCAGACUAGAGGGCGCUGUCGAGGUUCACAGUGAAGGCCUGGUGGAUGCCCUGCGAGAGCCUGGCUCGAAUUCCUCUCACCACUGAUAUUGAAUGUAGUCUCCUCAUCACAUAAGAGAACACCCCCAUUUUCUCAGAGCGCCGAACACUCCGGAACACUCUGGAACACAAGAUGGUUCCCACGGAGUUACUCUAUGGCUGCUACACACAUGCAGACAUACGCCCAACAGGGAAGGUGUUCUACCUUUAAUUUUUUUGCAAUCGUUCAGUGUCAUUCAGUUUGAUCACUGAUUGAUCACUUAAUAGUGACUCCACUCCCCCAUAUAUGAGUUUGUGCUGAAUUUCCAUGUGACUAUAACCAAGUGUGUGUUUUUUUAAAAUUAUUAUUAUUUAAUUGGGUUGUCAGUAGAUACACACAUAUAUUCUAUGAGAAAGAUAGCAUGCAGCCAAAAUGUUUUUUUUUUAAUGUGACUUAUUAUGUGAAAACGGUACACAUCUAGCACCAGUGCCCUUGGACGAUAGCUGCUGCUAGGAACAUGUGCAUUCUCCGAGCCCAUCUUCUCAUGAAAAUGUCGAAUAAAGCACUGUGAUACUGAAAGCCUUUCAUAGUUUUUAGUCCAUUAUGAAAUGGCCGGCUGCAUUUAAAGAUAUGGUACUCUGUGGUGCAGUAUUCUGGAAGUGUGGUACUAGAUUAUAUUGGAUGUUAACAUUUUACAUUUUGGUAUUCUUUAUAAAGCCGUUUUGGAUCAAGUUUACUGAUUAUCUUUUAAUAUCUGUGAACCUCUGUCGUAUGUGUCAGAUGGGCUGAACUUUGAGGCCUGUCACGCGGGCUUAUUUACUGUUAAUGCUUGGGCCUGGCUCCAAGGCUAUUAGGUACUUUGUUCCCCAGUGACAGGCCACUUCUAGCUCUGUGGUUCAGUAAAUACAUAUCUACUCUUUACCAGAUGGCUGCUGUAAUUUUGAAGCAAUGCGAUGGUGCUGAACAUUGUCUUUUGCGCGUAGCACUGUAUUGCUGACUGACCAAACUUGAUGUUUACUGAACAUUAUCAAUUUAUAUCACCAUAUAUCAUCAACCAGUAAUUUCAUUAAUUUUUUUUUUUUUUUUUUAAUAUUCAUUCCACAAAAUGAUUUCUAAGGCUGUGGGCAUGGAGCUAAAGAUGGCUUGGACCCUCUGUAAGGUCUGAGUUUGCUUAAUAUUAUACAAGUAUACCUGAAGUAUAUGCUGUGUGUGUUAAAAUUCAUACUUGGCUGCUUCUGUAAAUGUGUCUAAUUUUGGAACUUACUUGUGAGGGUGUGAAUCAUUUGUAUGGAAGCUUGUGCUUAGUAUUUAGCCAACGGCAGAUGUGUUCUUUGUCACACAUAUACUUUUUUAUGAUCUCCAAAGACAUGGAAUAUUUAAAAAUUAAUUAUAUUACAAAAAAAAAUUGUUGACUUGAGGUAUCCUGUACUAGCAUGAACAUUUACGCUAAUUGUACAUUUUAGAACGUAGAAUUACUUGUUUUUUUGUCUCUAACUGGUGACUUUAUUUGGUCCCCCCCAAGACCAGAUACAUUCCACGCUAAGCAUUCUUGUUAAUGUGUUCCAAAGCCAUACAGCAUUAAAUCUGGGCUGCAGCCAGAAAUAUUACUAUUUCAGUAAUCUUUUAUAUAAAUUAGCUCCAACAGUGUAUGCUAUUAUCCGGCCUAAUCAGCUCUCCUGUGUUAGUUGCCAUAGUUAUAUUUUGCAAAAGAUUCUCCUUUGAACGGGUUGCGUUUGACCACAUAUACAAGCUGUGCCACAUCUUCAUCAUUAAUACAGUAAGACUGAAAAACUUUAGUGGAAACAGAGCACUCUAUAGAUUUGGGAGGUGAAUGGAGCAGACGGGAGACUGACAUGGUCAGUGUGGUCAGAGGUGCGAGUACAUGCUGCGACCCUGGGCUAACGGGGCCUUUUCGCGGCCUUACACACCGCCUACCAAUCGGAGCUCUGUCCAGUAGCUCACUGGACACAGACGCCAGCCAUUUCUCGGUAUUCCGUAGCGGAGAACUUAAUUAGCCACCAGCCAGAGCUCCAUAUAAUAAAUAAAUAAACAUGAAUGACUUCUUUGAGGGGGAGCUCCCUGCUCUUAAACUUGCCUUUACCCACCUAAAGAAGAAUGUAUCAAGAAUUUCAGAAUCUGAGC